ACCUUCAUAGAUUCCUGCACAUUUGGAUUUGUUUCUUGGCGCUGUUGUCAAGUUGUUGUCUGACAUGGUGUAGAAUCGAUGAUAUUUAGAUUAUUUCUAUUGUCAGUAUUGAAGUACUACUGUACAUCGUGACGUCACAUCGCAAUCACCGCCUUAAUUUUGGAAGCAUAGGAUCAUUGAAUUUACCUGUUUUGAGUUCAUAAUGUUUUUGUUUUUUUGUUGAGUAGUUAUUUGUGAAACGAUUAGUCGUUACAGGGGGACAUUGUGACACUGCCUCAUACUGCCACACGGUUGGCAAAGUUAACCAUGUUAUAUUUACGUUGACUACAUCGCUCAUUAGUCCUCUCAAUAUGGCAGAGUAUUGCAAACAGAACAUCCCAUCCUAUGAUGCAUUCUUAUGUAGCGAUAUAAAGCUCAAUGCUAAGCUAUAAGCGUCAUAACUAAAUCCAAUUACGCCCAGUUUAUAACAACGGGGAUGCCGGAGCACAUCAAAAAUGUCCAGCCUCUCAAAUGCCAACUAUUGGUUUUAUAAAUUGAAAUGCCGUUUGGGACGGUGGUCACUGGCUAACUCGUCAGUCCUGCUGUUCCUGGGGUCAUGUAUUUGUAAUGAACGCGGUCCUUUGUCCCCGAGCAGGCUGGAGCAGCCCGGGCAUGAGUGGCCCACACCUGGACGAGUGGCAGCGGAGGUCCUUUGACAUUUCAUCCGGCGCCUGCACACCUGAACAGACGGCCGACGCCUUCCGGGCGCACCUCCUCUCCAUUCAGUAUGCAUGGGCGAGCUCCCAGCUCUCCCGGGCCGGCGCCGACAGCCUGCUCAGGACCUUCUCGGAGCGCUAUGCCGCCGUGCUGGACUCCGACGACCCGCACGCGGGGUUGAAUAACUAUGCGGAGAGCGCCCUGCACCUGGCCCGCAGUCAGCGCAACCACAGCGACGAAUGGGAGUCGUCCCUGACGGCGGGGAGCGUGCUGGAGCUGGCCUGCGUGCAGAGGAUGAUUCAGGCCGGGACGGAGGGGGGGGGCGGCGGCGGUGGCUCCCGGGUGGAGCCGGCAGAUGUUAACAUCUGUGUCGGACAAGAAGGCCGAGGCAGCAUCGCUCCAUUAUUCAAACCCUCAGGAGCUGAAGUGUCCAGAACGACAGAGGGUAGCCACACCGCGGGCAGAGCGCCGGGGGCCGCUGCAGAGAGGGGGCGCGGCUUUGAGGAGGGGACCACCGGCGCCGACGCCUUCGGCCGCCUUCCCGCGUGCGGCCAGUCUUUGUUCGGUCAGGCGGCUCCGGGGAACUCGGGCCUCGCCGUCGCCGCGCACAACCAGCCGUCCGCCCCCUUCCCGCCCUCCAACGCUGGGAAGCGGAAGAGUUUCUACAACCAGACGGGAGAGACCUCCAGGGACGCGGGCGCCAAGGGAACGCACCGAGGCCGGAGCGGCUCUGAGACCCGGGCAGCAGCGGGGAACUUCCGAUCCGCUCGGGAGCAGUUCAUCGUCGAGCAGCAGAAGAAGAACUCCCAUCAGCCCCAGAGAGGCCCCGCCCCCGGCCUGGCGGCGGCCAUGAAGAGGUCCCUCGGCGCCAACCGGCCCCGAGGGGCCGCCUCCAAGUUUGUGUCGCCGCUGCCGAGAUCCGAGGAAGAGGAGGGCGGGGCCAGCCUCGACGGCAACCAAGAGCCCCCGGUCGUGGACGAGCGGCUGAAGAACUUCGAGCCCAAGAUCAUCGAGCUGAUCAUGAGCGAGAUCAUGGACCACGGGCCCCCGGUCGCCUGGGACGACAUCGCCGGCCUGGAGUUCGCCAAGGCCACCAUCAAGGAGAUCGUGGUCUGGCCCAUGCUGCGCCCGGACAUCUUCACGGGCCUGCGCGGCCCGCCCAAAGGCAUCCUCUUGUUCGGGCCCCCCGGCACCGGCAAGACCCUCAUCGGGAAGUGCAUCGCCUGCCAGUCGGGCGCCACCUUCUUCAGCAUCAGCGCCUCGUCGCUCACCUCCAAGUGGGUGGGCGACGGCGAGAAGAUGGUGCGUGCCCUGUUCGCCAUCGCCCGCUGCCACCAGCCGGCGGUCAUCUUCAUCGACGAGAUCGACUCGCUGCUGUCCCAGCGCACCGACGGCGAGCACGACUCCUCGCGCCGCAUCAAGACGGAGUUCCUGGUGCAGCUGGACGGGGCGUCGACCGCCGCCGAGGACCGCAUCCUGGUGGUGGGCGCCACCAACCGGCCGCACGAGAUCGACGAGGCGGCCCGCCGGCGGCUCUCCAAGCGGCUGUACAUCCCGCUGCCGGAGGCCGCCGCCCGCCGCCAGAUCAUCGCCAGCCUCAUGGCCCGCGAGAAGAACGAGCUGAGCGCGGAGGAGCUGGAGGGCGUGGUGGCGGCGGCGGAGGGCUUCUCCGGCGCCGACAUGACGCAGCUGUGCCGCGAGGCGGCGCUGGGGCCCAUCCGCGGCCUCCAGCUCAGCGACAUCGCCACCAUCAGCCCCGACCAGGUGCGGCCCAUCCUCUCCCGCGACUUCCAGGACGCGCUGAGGGCCGUGCGGCCCAGCGUCUCGCCCAAAGACCUGGAGCUCUACGAGGACUGGAACCGCACCUUCGGGUGCGGCCGUUGAGACCGACCGGAUUGUUUCCUAAUGUUUGUUUCUGUUUCCUCUGGGUUCGGUACAUUGUCGGGGAAACUGUUGUUUUGAUACAGUGACUUGAAUAUCUGUUUUUGUGUUUUGAGUUAAUAUUCGGGUCACUGUUUUCUUAAUUGUUGUUGUUCUCUGGUUUGCGUUCCCUUGUGUGAGGGAGCUUGAGAGGUGGAAACCUGCAUUAUAUCUGUUUGUUAACCGGUGGACCUGGAGGACUGACUCGCUGACCUGGAGGUUAAUAACCACUUUCUACAUUCAUUACCAAACGACCUCCAUAGUUCUCUGUUUGCUCUCACACACAAAACUGUGAUGGUUUGUGAGUUGUUUUUCCUGAAAGUUGUGCCUUUAAAUAAACUUAAAAAGAGGAA